GGCGGGGCCUGAGCACAAGAUGGCCGCUACGCGUUCGGAGGCCCCGAGUCCGAGCUCGGCGGCCCCGGAGCCGCGAUCCCCGGAGCCGCCGGACCUGGUACUGUUACCUGAUGACAGCCGUCCCACCACACCCCCAACUGACCUCAUCGAGAUCCAGGUGGUGAAGGUGACAGACACCACACUAGUACCUGAACCCCCGGAGCCAGGUUCCCUUCACUGUGCCUUGUGCCCAGCUGCCUUCCGGCUGGUCUCCGAGCUGCUGUUCCAUGAACAUGGCCACCUGGCCGGGGCUGAGGGUGGUGGUCAGGGUGGGGACCUAAGCCGGUGUCAUGUCUGUGGCCACAGCUGCCCGGGCCCCGCCAGCCUCCGCGCCCACUACAGCCUGCACACGGGAGAGCGCCCCUACCGCUGCGCCCUCUGCCCCCGGGCCUUUAAGGCCCUGGCGCCUCUACUGCGGCACCAGCACCGGCACGGGGUGGAGCCGGGGACCUCUCAGAGGCCCCUGGAAACGACGGCGACUCGGGGACAGAGGCCAGGGGUACCCCCAGAGCGGUCGGAGGUAGUGAUGGCAGCGGCAGUGGCGGGCGCAGCUGUGGGGAAGCCCUUUGCCUGCAGGUUCUGCGCCAAGCCGUUCCGCCGCUCCUCAGACAUGCGCGACCACGAGCGUGUGCACACCGGCGAGCGGCCCUACCACUGCGGUGUCUGUGGCAAGGGCUUCACGCAGUCAUCGGUGCUGAGCGGCCAUGCCCGCAUUCACACGGGCGAGCGCCCCUUCCGCUGCGCCCUCUGCGAUCGCACUUUCAACAAUUCCUCCAACUUCCGCAAGCACCAGCGCACCCACUUCCAUGGCCCGGGCCCCGGGCUCAUAGACUCUGGAAGCCAGCUCGUGGCGGGGGCGGAGGGGCCAGGGAGUGGGUGCGGGGCGGGAAACACUCUGGAAGAGGGGCAUGGGGAAACAGCGACUAUGAAGGUGGAGGUUGACCAGUAGGCCGGGAGAGCAGGGACACUGGUUGUCAACAUGGGAGGUAGGAGGUGGAUUGCAGGGGAGGGGGUGGGUGGGACAAGGAGGCGAGUGACAGAAGACCGGAGACUGGGCGAGAGAGAACACAAGGCCAUGAACAGUGUGGGAGAGCAGAGAGAUGGCCAGAUUGAGGGUGCCCACAAACCCACAGGGCACCUGCAAGAGAUUCAGAGAAAGGCACAGACUGCCCUGUGGAUGUCCAGCUAAAUGCAAGGAUCACAGGAUGGACGUCAUUGCCCCAUCUGCCUGCUCCUUGGGUCGUCCUUGUGCAAGACACAGUAUGUCACAACAAAGCCUGCACACUACACAGGGGGAGCCAGGGUUGAGUGGAAGGGCAGAUACAGGGUCUACCAUAGUGUUCCCUGGACAGACCUUCAUCUGCAGAACGCUGUACUGUCUUGGGGCCUAGGGUGGACCAGGAUGGAAUCUUUUGCCUACCUCACUGGGUUGCAUUGAACAUGAGAUGCCUACCCACCCAACCUCAGGCAGAAGACACCAGCCAGGUCCUCCAUAAAAGACUGGGAUCCCAUCACCUUGAAGCCAGAGGGUCCCCAAGUCAUAGCUGAGAGCACUUGAGCUUCAAGGAUGUAAUUGUGACCAACCAUAUGUUUCUGGACUCCAAGAGCUGCUACCCCUGCUCCCAUGGUGGUCCCCCCUUAAUCCACCAGACUCCUCUUCCCAGGCAACUGAGAAUGCAGACAGCCAACAACUGCCUAACACCCCCUCCUAAAGCUUUAGUCUCAGAGCCCACGGCUCCCCAUGUCUACAAUAGCCUCAGGUUUCUCUAAUGUCCUCCACUCCCAGUCAGAAGCAAACAACAUACUGCCUGGUCCCAGGCUACUCCAAGGAAGAGUCAUCGGAUGGCAGCAUGGUGGCUGGCUGGUGUGCGGUGCGUGUGCAAUGAGAGUGGGGGUGGGGGAGGACUUGGGAGCUGGAAGUGGAAGCCUCCAGUUCUAUUCCUAUUAAAGGACUUUCUGAAGGGUU